AACCCUUGGUGGCAGCUUGAUCGCGAUAAUAAUAGAGAAGAGAGUGGAGAAGAUAGGGAGGCUAAAGAAGAGGAGGAGGAGGAGAUUAAGGGAUUACAUAGCUUUAUUCGUUGCUUUACCUAUGUUCUUAACCUAAUGGUAAAGAAGAUUUUGAAAGUUCUAAAGACUAGAAGUAUGAGUGAAGCAAAUGACCUUGUUGAUGAUCUAGAGCCUACUUCAACUAUCCCUGAACUAAACCCUCUUCAGAAAAUUCGUGUUCUUACUAUCUGGAUUACAUAG